CGUGUCAACAACAGCGUGUGUACUUAUCCACUCCACGCACACUCAAACUGCAACUGACCAGGAUCUUCAAUGGCGACGCGCUCGGCACAGAAGAACUAUGCUCUUCUCAUGCUGCUUUCGAUGCUGUCUGUGUCACUCACCACACAAGAUGACCUUAUAGUCAACACUUGCAAUGGGAAAGUCCAAGGAAAACAGCUUUCUGUGCUCGGUGGUGAUAUCCGAGUCUUCCUUGGAAUUCCAUAUGCAAAAGCACCUCUUGGCAAACUGAGAUUCAGAGCUCCGGAGCCUGCAGAAAGAUGGGAGGGGGUGUUAGAUGCCACAAACUAUGCAAAUUCUUGCUACCAGAUUCCAGAUACGGUCUACCCAGGUUUCAGGGGUGCUGAGAUGUGGAACGCAAACACUAAACUGAGUGAGGACUGUCUAUAUCUAAAUGUCUGGACCCCCUUUACCAAAGCUAGCCAAAGUUCACUGGCUCCUGUCCUUGUCUGGAUCUAUGGAGGCGGAUUUAUUUCAGGAACAUCAUCUCUGGACAUUUAUGAUGGCCGAUACCUGAGUAAAGUUGAAGGUGUUAUUGUGGUAUCAAUGAAUUACAGACUUGGUCCUCUUGGUUUCUUGGCUUUGCCUGACAACAACAUCCGGGGCAAUGCAGGCCUCCUGGACCAACGCUUAGCCCUCCAAUGGGUAGCCAAUAAUAUCGUUGCUUUUGGGGGUGAUCCUUCACAGGUCACAAUUUUUGGGGAGAGUGCUGGCUCUGCAUCUGUUGGCUUCCACAUCCUCUCCCCAGGUAGUCAAGACCUCUUUCAAAGGGCUGUAAUGCAGAGUGCUUCCCCGAAUGCACCAUGGGCCUCAGUCAACAAGACAGUUGCCUAUGAAAGAUCCAUGAUGCUGGCAACAUUAUUGGGGUGUCCCACAUCUUCUCCAGCUCAUCAGGACAUCUGUUUACAGAAGAUUGAUCCUUGGGUGAUAACCUCAAAGCAAUUUGAUGUUCUCACAAAGCCUACAAUAAUGCCGUUCUCCUUUGUCCCCGUUGUGGAUGGAUACUUCCUACCUGAUGAAGUUGAAGUGUUGCUGCAAAGUAAUAUACUUCCAAAGAAAGACGUGUUGUUUGGAUUAACCAGGAAUGAAGGCACCUACAUUUUAAUGUAUGGGAUGCCAGGAUUUAACAUCACUGGUGAGAGUCUCAUCACCAGGAUGGAGUUCAUGGAAGGAGUGCGGCUGGCAAUGGGGGACGUUGACGCUGUCGGAGAAGAAGGAGCGGUUUUUCACUACACCGAUUGGACGGCUGAGCAUGACAGGAUGAAAAACCGUGACUCCCUGGGAAAUCUGGUUGGAGACCGAUUCUUUGUUUGUCCUCUGUUAGAGUUUGCUCACAUGUACUCACAUCAGGGCGGUAAAAUGUUCCUAUAUUCCUUCGACCACCAGUCUUCCAUAAAUCCUUGGCCAGCAUGGAUGGGUAUUUCACAUGGUUAUGAGAUUGAGUUUGUGUUCGGAAUGCCACUGAAUGUAACCUGGGGAUACACAAACACUGAAGUCAACAUGACCAAGAAAUUUCUGAAACACUGGGCCAACUUUGCAAGGACGGGAAAUCCAGAAAUUGAUGGGGUUGCAUGGCCCUUGUUCACCCCUGAACGCCAAGAGUAUGUCACGCUGAACUCCAACCUUCCAGAAAAAAGAAGAAUGAUGAGAGCCAAAGAGUGUUACUUGUGGAAUAAAUUGAUGCCACGAAUACAGAAGGUUUCAGACGAUCUACAGGCUUGUAUGACUGCAAAUGGCAUAAUGCUCCACUAUUGUUGCACAUUCCUUGUUAUUUCAUUGUUUAUCAUCUUAAUCUGUUUGUAAGUGGAGCAAGAAGCAAAUCUGUCUUCCAAAGAGUUUGACUGGCAAAUGCCCAUAAACCAAAUAGAGGAGAAGUACUUGGUUGUAUUACCCACUCUGUACUAGUUGUGGGCAAGAUGGUAGUCUGCUCCCUGAGCCUUGAGCAAGCAAGCCCACCCCCUCACAACUGACAACCGUACCUUGCCUGAAUGCCCACAUAAUCUAUUUGUGCACGUGUGUGGACUGUGUUCAUGAGUAAUGCUUGCAGCAAAAAAGUCCAGCAGAGUUAAUGGAAUUUCUUUAUGGGAUAUACAGUACGGUCUCCCUCAACCAGUCAAGUUUUACUUUCAUGUUUGGCUGGAGCAAUAUAAUAAUAAUAAAAAAGAUCCAAUCCAAUACAAUACAAUAAAGUACAAUACAAUACAAUGCAAUACAAAAUAAUAUAGUGAGUUGAGUGUAACAUUUUAAGCUAUUUUAGUCAUUGCUAAGCAAUGAAGUGGCUUUCGAUUUUUUUUUGGGCCGGUCCUCUGGAACUGUAGAGGUUCCUUUGUCACCUUCUGGUUACAUUUAAAGUAAUCUUUUUCAAACUGUCAUUAGAUUUAUACUUUUUUUUUUUUUUUUUAGGUCCUAGCAUAAUUUUGAUUAAUUUGUUAAUCUUAAACGGCACCAAAAUGUCUGAGGCACCUAAGGUCAAAAAGGUAGGGAAACAUUCCUUGUCAGAGUAAUUUUCAAGUGAUCGUCAAACCAUCCAUCCAUCCAUCCAUUUUCUACCGCUUAUCCGGGUUGGGUCGCGGGGGCAGUAGCUUUAGCAGGGAUGCCCAGACUUCCCUCUCCCCAGCCACUUCAUCCAGCUCUUCCGGGGGGAUCACGAGGCGUUCCCAGGCCAGCCGAAGGACAUAGUCUCUCCAGCGUGUCCUGGGUCGUAUCCGGGGUAUCCUCCCGGUGGGUCGUGCCCGGAACACCUCACCAGGGAGGCGUCCGGGAGUCAUCCGAAUCAGAUGCCCCAGCCACCUCAUCUGGCUCCUCUCGAUGUGGAGGAGUAGCGGCUCUACUUUGAGCCCUUUCCGGAUGACCGAGCUUCUCACCCUUUCUCUAAGGGAGAGCCCGGACAACCUGCGGAGGAAACUCAUUUCGGCCACUUGUAUCCGGGAUCUUGUUCUUUCGGUCACGACCCCCAACUCGUGACCAUAGGUGAGGGUAGGAACAUAGAUCGACCG